AUGCCUCCAAAUCCCAUCCCUCAGUCUCCAACAGCGGUAGCAACACCUGUCUUCCAUCAGCACCCCACAGACUCCCAUCACUUUGGUUUCAGUGUUCUGGCUCAACAGCCAGGUCAUAUCAUGCCUCCUGGGAUGGAACCUGACCUUCAAGUGCUCAAUAACCCUUAUACCACCACGAUUUGGGGAGACCAACUGCCUGCUACCAUCCCCGACUCUUGUAUCAACCCCUCUCUUGAUAGCUUGCUCUCAUCAAGACAAACUUUAGCAACCACUGAUGUUCGCCACAAGAGUUCAGAGAAGCUGUCAUCAGAGGGCUCCUCAGAAGAGGAGUCAGAGUCCUCGAGUAAUAACCCAUUGGACACAGAGGCUGGCAAGGUCUCUGGCGAUGAGUCUGACAAAGAUGAGGACAAUGCAUUUGGAUGGGGUGCAAUGAAUCUUAGGCAAUCAACUCAUCCUGUAUGGAAGGACUGUCUCAAAGAUGCUAAGCAAGAAUGCAGGGCUGCACAUGCACUUUCUAACCCAUUCCCAUCAAAAUCUCAUGACUUCAACCUCUCCAUAACAGAGGUGCUUGUCACUGUCAUUGUUGAGUGGAAUCAACACAGUGUGCAAUUUGAAGAUGGUUACUGGCCUGACCACAAGCAAGAUAUGCUCCUUGGUGAUAUAUCUACCUGGCAUUCAGAAUUGAAGUCAGUUACACUGGCAACCAUGCCAUCCACAUUCAACCUUAUCCCUCCUUCUGAUGUUGCACCAUGGGUUUGUGUACAAUGGAUAGAGACCACUGCCACAAAGCUCCUUGACAACUCGCUUUUCCUGCAAGACAGUUUUGAUGAGAAUGGAAAAACCAGGAAUUUCACUCACCCUGCCCUCAAGGAAGCUGUCAUACAAUUCUACUAUACCAGGACCUAUCAAAUUGUGGAUCAGCAUCCUGAGUCCUUCAACAAUUCAGUUCCCCUUUCCUGUCUGGCUCUCGUCACAGCUGUGUAUCAUUGUGUGUUGGACAGAUUUGCAAAGAAUGGCACAGGAAAGAUGAUGCCUCAAUUCUCUGGCAAGGCUUACAUUUCCAUUUUCCAUGGCAUGAUGAAGGUGCUGAACAACAUCCUUCAUAAUCCCUAUCAUGGCGUGAGGUUGCAUGAUCAGCUUUCUCAGUGGGUGAAGGAAGGAUGGGCUGCACUGCAAGAGGUUGAUUUGAAUGUAGAAAGUAUGCAAUUGAUGCCAAUGCUCCUGUUCCUGUCAUACCUGCUGUGA